AUGGAUCGGGAAGAAUCGACACACUCAAGCAAAGAAGUGUUGUUAGAUGAAGAAAGCAAGGAAUUGGGCGUUGGGAGAUCGUACGAGUGCGUGUUCUGCAAGAGGGGCUUCAACACUGCACAAGCCCUAGGUGGCCACAUGAACAUCCAUAGAAAAGAAAGGCUCAGAAACAAACCUAAUUCCACCAAACAGCCUCAAAGAUUCUACCCAUCAUCCGCGAGCACUCCUCGUCCUUACUUCCUCGCUGCUGAUUUAAGUAAUUCAACCCUGUACGAGAGGAACAAGCAGCCAUCGGCCGAUUGGAGGAUGAGGAUGAGCUUGGACUUCACACCGGCCAUCGAUCAUCGGGGCAUGGAGCAGGACAAGGAGUUGGAUUUGGAGCUUCGACUUGGCUAUGAUUCUUGA